AUGUCCAUUGAUUUUCCCAAGGAGGAGGAACUUGUCCUCGCGAGGUGGAGGGAAAUCAAUGCCUUCCACCGGCAGGUCGAACUCUCCAAAGGACGGAAACCGUACACCUUUUACGAUGGGCCUCCGUUCGCUACCGGUCUGCCUCACUAUGGCCAUCUGUUGGCAUCGACUAUCAAAGAUAUUAUUCCCCGGUACUGGUCUAUGAAAGGACACUAUGUCGAGCGACGAUUCGGCUGGGACACCCACGGCGUGCCCAUUGAGUACGAGAUUGACAAGAAGUUGGGCAUGUCCGGCUUGGAAGCAGUCGAGAAAAUCGGAAUUGAGAAAUACAACGAGGAGUGCAGAGCCAUUGUCAUGAGAUUUGCCGCUGAAUGGCGUGAGACUAUUGAUAGACUCGGCCGUUGGAUUGACUUUGACAACGAUUACAAGACUAUGAACACUUCUUUCAUGGAGUCAGUGUGGUGGGUUUUCAAGCAAUUGUUCGACAAGGGGCUCGUUUACAAGGGCUUCCGCGUUAUGCCUUACUCGACUGCCCUCAACACUCCCCUUAGCAACUUUGAAGCCCAGCAAAACUACAAGGAUGUCCAGGACCCAGCCGUCGUUGUUACGUUCCCUCUCGUGGAUGAUCCAGAGACGUGCCUUCUUGCAUGGACUACCACACCCUGGACCCUGCCCUCGAACGUCGCCCUCGCGGUAAACCCGGAUUUCGAGUACAUUAAAAUAUUUGAUGAAGCCUCAAAAAAGCAUUACGUCCUGCUUGAGGCACUCCUGCGAACAUUAUACAAGGAUCCUAAGAAGGCCAAGUUCAAGAUCGUUGACCGGUUUAAGGGUUCUCAAAUGAAAGACUGGAAAUACCAGCCACUCUUCACUUACUUUUACGAUGCCUUCAAGGACCACGGGUUCCGCGUUUUAAACGCAGCAUAUGUCACAGCUGAUGACGGUACUGGAAUUGUCCACCAGUCUCCUUCAUUUGGUGAGGACGAUUACCGGGUUGCAAUGGAAGGAGGAGUCAUCAAUGAGACCCGCCACCCCCCGAAUCCUGUUGAUGACAUGGGCAUCUUUACAUCAGAAGUCCCCGAUUUCCAGGGCCAGCAUGUCAAGGCUGCUGACAAGGCCAUUAUCAAGCACCUAAAGGGAACCGGCCGAUUGAUUGUCGAUAGUCAGAUUACCCAUAGCUACCCGUUCUGUUGGCGCUCUGAUACCCCUCUCAUCUACCGAGCUGUUCCCUCGUGGUUCGUCAAAAUCGGGCCCAUCAUUCCACAAAUGCUUCAGGGCAUUGAAGAAUCCCAUUGGGUUCCUAGCUUCGUAAAGGAGCGCCGAUUCGCCAGCUGGAUUCAGAAUGCUCGUGAUUGGAAUAUUUCCCGUAACAGGUUCUGGGGUACCCCGCUCCCUCUGUGGGCGAGCGAGGACUUUAGCGAGAUUGUCGCAGUUGGCAGUGUCCAAGAACUGAAGGAGCUUAGUGGCUACGAAGGAGAGAUCACUGAUAUCCAUCGCCACAAGGUGGAUCACAUCACCAUCCCUAGCAAGAAGGGCAAUGGUGUUCUCCGCCGUGUGAGCGAGGUGUUUGAUUGUUGGUUCGAGUCUGGCAGCAUGCCGUACGCUUCCCAGCACUACCCAUUUGAGAAUAAGGACCAGUUUGAGAACAGUUUCCCGGGAGACUUCAUCGCCGAAGGUCUGGACCAAACUCGUGGUUGGUUCUACACUCUGACCGUUAUCGGUACUCACCUCUAUGGCAAAUUGCCCUUCAAGAACUGUGUCGUCAAUGGCAUUGUCCUUGCCGAGGACGGAAAGAAAAUGUCAAAGAGAUUGAAGAACUACCCUGAUCCUUCCUUGAUCAUGGACCGGUACGGCUCGGAUGCUCUCCGACUAUACCUCAUCAACUCGCCCGUUGUUCGCGCCGAGCCGCUCCGAUUCAAGGAAUCUGGUGUCAAGGAAAUUGUUGCCAAGGUCCUGCUUCCUCUCUGGAACAGUUAUAAAUUCUUUGAGGGCCAGGCUGCUCUCUUUAAGAAGACCGAAGGCACUGAUUUCAUGUGGGAUCCCGAGGCAGAGGCUACUAACACCAACGUUAUGGACCGAUGGAUCCUUGCUAGUACUCAAAGUCUUCUCAAAUUUGUCAACGAGGAAAUGGCCGGCUACCGCCUGUACACUGUCGUUCCUCGUCUCCUGGAGCUCAUUGACAACACCACAAACUGGUACAUCCGAUUUAACCGAAAGCGCCUAAAGGGAGAAAAUGGCACCGAUGACACGCUUCAUGCACUCAACACACUCUUUGAGGUGCUGUACACUCUGGUUCGAGGCCUUGCACCAUUCACGCCUUUCCUCACCGAUAACAUCUACCUGCGUCUACUUUCCCACAUUCCCGAGAACCUUCGCGGCGAAGACAGUCGAAGUGUUCACUUCCUCGAGUUCCCCGAGGUGCGCGAGGAGCUCUUCGACGAAGUUGUUGAGAGGAGAGUGGCCCGCAUGCAGAAGGUCAUUGAGAUGGCUCGUGUCUCCCGUGAACGUAAAUCUCUCGGCCUAAAGACUCCAUUAAAGAGCCUCGUCGUCAUCCACCAGGACGAACAAUACCUAGAGGACGUAAGAUCCUUGGAGAGCUAUAUCCUCGAGGAAAUCAACGUCCAGGAGCUCAUUCUGUCAUCCGACGAAACCAAGUACAAUGUCCAAUACAGCGUUUCCGCCGAUUGGCCUACACUGGGCAAGAAGCUAAAGAAGGAUGCACAAAAAGUCAAGAAGGCCCUGCCGUCCCUGAGUAGCGACGAUGUCAAGAAGUUUGUUGCCGAUAAGAAGAUCCUUGUUGACGGCAUUGAGCUCGUUGAAGGGGAUCUCGUUGUCAAGCGAGGACUGAAGCAAGACGAGUCUUCAGAAGACAUGGAGCCCAACGCCGAUGCUGACGUCUUGACCAUCCUCGAUGUCAAGCUGCAUCCAGAGCUAGCCCAGCAAGGUCUCGGUCGAGAGAUUAUCAACCGACUCCAGCGCCUUCGUAAGAAGGCUGGGUUGGUCCCUACUGAUGAUGUAAAGAUGGAGUAUGUUGUUCUUUCCGACCCUGAGAAUGUUGGCAUCCAAGAAGCUUUCCAGACACAGGCGGCGGCUAUUGAAAAGGUGGUGCGUCGGCCUCUUGAGCAAUACGAGCUCGUUGAUGGCAAAGCGCCUAGUGCAGAUGAUGAGGGCAUGAUUAUGCAAGAAGAGCAGGAAGUACAGAGCGCGACUUUCUUGUUACGACUGUUGAAGUUGUAG